UUAGCCUCGUCCAAGAUGGCGGAUGAAAUGUGGUCGUCUUUCAAUCCUCCUUUUAGACUUCUUCAUUAACCUCUAGCACUUUUUGCUUCAUGGAUUGUUGGCAAGAAGAUGAUAAUUUUGCCAACAAGGUGGCUCAGUUGUGUUGCGAGCAUUUCAAGACGUUGAACAAGAGGGGCAAACCUCAAGCGAACCAUGAGUGGACACUACUGGCAGCCAUUGUGCUCGUACAGGAACGAGAUGAUAAUGACAAGCCCUUAUCAGAGUACUCUGUGGAUGUGGUUGCCAUGGGAACUGGUUCCAAAUGCAUUGGAAAAAGCAAAAUGAGCAAUCAAGGAAUCAUUUUAAAUGACAGCCAUGCAGAAGUGAUUGCCAGGAGAGGUUUUCUCAGGUAUCUUUACCAGCUGUUGCAGAAUGCAUAUAAUAAGCAGCCAGGUGUAUUUCAUUUCCAGGAAGAAAGCAAUUUAUGUGCACUGAAAAAUGGAGUGUCCUUCCAUCUUUUCACUUCGCAUACACCUUGUGGUGAUGCAUCAAUAUUUCCAAAAGCAGAGGAAGAUGACACUUUGGUUGUUCCAUCCUUGAAGAAUCAAAAUCUCAAACCUCAAAAGAAAAAAUGCCUUUCUUGUCAUGAAGUGAUAAGCCCUCCAAAGAAAAUUUGUUUAGAGAUUGACAUACCUUCCAGUAAUUCAUUGGAUGAUUGUUGUAAUUCUGAGAGAUUGAUGGAAAGAUUGGAUAAAACACCUAUGGUGGAAAAGGACAAUGAGGCAAAAUUAUGCUUUCAGGAGGGUAACCACAAACCUGAUGGAAGCUUGGCAGAAAUUUCUAUGGAGCUGUUCGAUACAAGACAGGCACAUUUUGAUAAUUUGAAUGUGGACCAUAGCAGUAAGGAUCAGGAAGAGAAAGCAAUAAAAUCAAACCUAGAAAAUAUCCAUGUUGACAUUAUUGAGACCUCUGAAUGUGUACUUGAUGGUAAAUGUAACAACAAGCAACAAACUGAUAUUAAGCAGUACAAGGAUGUACACAGGACUGGUGCAAAAUGUGUUCCAGGCAGUAAACAAGACCCUCAUCAGUCUGGUUCAGGAUACCACACUGUUGGUGUUUUGCGCACUAAACCAGGGCGUGGUGACCCUACACUAUCAAUGUCAUGUAGUGAUAAAAUAAUGAAAUGGAAUGUACUUGGUUGUCAAGGGGCCCUUCUGUCAUACUUCAUGACAUCACCAGUGUACCUUUCGUCAGUCAUUGUUGGUAGCUGCCCUUUUGACGAAGCUGCUAUGAGGAGGGGUAUCUAUGAGCGGGCUUUAAGUGACCCUCUGAAUUUGACUGAACCUUUCUGUGUUCAUAGGCCUAAGAUUUUCCAGGCUGACAUUUUAUUUGAACAGAGCAGAAUUAAAGUUAUGGAACAGAGGCAGGGUAAAUUAUCACCUUCCUCCACAGCUAUUAUCUGGAUCAAAGAACCCUUCUUCCACGAGGUCUCUGUUAAUGGCCUAAGACAGGGUGUCACCAAAAAGAACCUUUCAUCAUCAAAGGCAAGGGUGUGCAUCAGCAAAGGAAGUCUUUUCGAGACAUUCAAAGCUCUUGUUACAAACAUUCAAGAUGUUAAGCUUCCAGUAUCCUUGAGGUAGUAGACACUAUUUACUGACAGGGUCUUCUUACUGAAUUCUGGCUUAGGAAAUCUGGGAUAAAACCUAACACAAACAAACUCAAUAUUACAACUUUGUUCUCAAGUCUUUGUUGACUUUCAGGUUUCAAACUGCACCUUGUAAUUAGCUGUAAAAUAUAUUUGUAUCUCACCUAGAGAAAAAGCCCUUAGACAAUUCAUAAUUUUGAGAGAGAAAAGGCAUGUGACAAAAUGGUCCUAGAAUUUUAGUCAACCUUCACAGCUCUAUAUAACAGAACCAAAAGGUGUUUUGAGAAUUCUUCCUAGGGUCACAAGUUCUUUUUGCAAGGUUAAGAAAUAAUUGGGUUUGCUGAAAAAAAUUAUUAUUUUAUGAAUAAUUAUUGGAGAGUCUUACUUUCUCCCAAAGUCCUGGUUUUACCAAUUUGCUAUCACUACAUGUGUAAGGGGGCUGACAUGUCUUGUUGGUGCCCACGUUGUCACCAAAUCUGUAUUUAAUUUAGUACAAGUAAGCAAAAAGAGAGAAAGUCAAACUACAACCACACCACGACACUUUAGAUUAGUGAAUACAAAUUUAUUCAUUGGAGGUUACAUGAAAAUUGCUCUGACUUGAGUAUACAUGAUCUUGUAUUUCCAGACAAAACCAAUUAGCAAGGAAUUACAGAGAAGCCAAGAGAGGAACUCCAACCUACAAUGAUGCCAGAGAAAAGUUCAUCAGAACAUUUCCUACUUGGUCCCUUAAGCCCGAGGAACUCUCAACUUUCACAGGAUUGGAAAUGUCUUGAUUGUAAAACAGAACUUUUUUGGAUUAUACACGACAAAAUUUCAUUUUGAACAUGUCACAAUCAGAGAAAAAUCACUUCUUUCAAGCUUAACAUUCAAGAUAUUAUUAAAGAUUUCAGUUUUUUACUUGUUGUCCAAAGUUACAGGGGAUUUUACAUUGUGUAAACUUGUCUGUAAAACUUGAAAUGCCAUCCAUGAACUGCAUCUGUAAGUAUAUUUUAACAAUAAUUGAAUAACCACACUGCAGAUGACUAUAUCCAAUCAAAGUUUGUUAAAA